AUGUUACCUGUGACACCAACGAUUCGAAGCGUGUAUCAGAAAAAUGAACCACCGAGCAGUGAACCACUGUGUCGGAGCAGAGCCAAGAUGAUGACGGUCGACCUCCUAAACCUUCUGGAAGAUUUAAAAGUUGAUGAAUUUGAGAAGUUCAAGUGGUACCUGAAGAAUGAAACGGUGGACGACAUCCCACCCAUCAAAGAGAGCCAGCUGGAGGAGGCAGAGAGGCGGGAUGCUGUAGAUCUGAUGGUGCAGAAAUAUGAAUCUUCUGGAGCUGUGGAGGUGAUGAAGAGCAUUUUAAAGAAGAUCAACAGGAAUGAUCUGGUGGAGGAGUUAUCAAACAUCGGCUCAGGAGCAGAAGCAGAUAGUGAUCUGCAGAAGGGUUUAGGUAUAUGUAAGAUCAAUCUGACGAGGAGAUGUCAAAAUGUGACUGAAACAAGUGAUGAACCAGGAGGUGAAACCCUCUUUGACGAUAAAUACACUGAGGUCUACAUCACAGAGGGAAGGAGUAACGAAGUUGAUACUCAACAUGAGGUGUGGCAGCUUGAGACAGCUUCCAAGAUGAAGACCCUCCAUGACACUCCAAUCAAAUGCCACGACAUCUUUAAAGCCUUACCCAACCAAAAGAAACACAUCAGAAGCGUUCUGACUAACGGUGUUGCUGGCGUUGGAAAAACCUUCUCGGUGCAGAAGUUCACUCUGGACUGGGCAGUGGGCUCCGAAAACCAAGAUAUCAAUCUGGUGGUUCUGCUUCCAUUCAGGGAGCUGAACUCGAUCAAAGAUGAGCGGUACAAUCUGAUCAUGCUGAUCCAGGAAUGCCAUCCAACAUUACAGCUCACAGCAAAGAAGCUCGCUACCUGUAAAGUUCUGUUCAUCUUUGACGGCCUGGAUGAAAGCAGACUUUCACUGGAUUUCAACACCAAGGAAGUCGUGACUGAUGUCACACAGAAGACAUCACUCAAUGUGCUGUUGACAAACCUCUUUGAGGGAAACCUGCUCCCCUUGGCUCUCAUCUGGAUAACGUCCCGACCUGCAGCUGUCAAUCAGAUCCCUCGUCGAUGUUUUGACAGGGUAACAGAAGUACGAGGCUUCACUGACGACCAGAAGGAGGAGUACUUCAGGAGGAGAUUCAGUGAUGAAGAGCAGUCCAGCAAAAUCAUCUCACACAUCAAGACAUCCAGGAGCCUCCACAUCAUGUGUCGCAUCCCAGUCUUCUGCUGGAUCACUGCUACAAGUCUGGAGGAAAUGUUGACUUCAGAGCAGAGAGAAGAGCUGCCCAAGACCCUGACUUACCUGUACUCACACUUCCUGCUGAUUCAGACAAAGAGGAAGAAGAGCAAGUAUGAUGAGGGACAUGAGACGAGUCCAGAGGAGCUGACAGAGGCUGACAGAAAAGUUCUUCUGAAGCUGGGGAGGCUGGCGUUUGAACAGCUGCAGGAAGGAAACAUCCUGUUCUACAAAGAAGACCUGAAGCAGUGUGGUCUUGAUGUCACAGAGGCCGCAGUGUUAUCAGGAUUUUGUACACAGAUCUUCAAAAGAGAGAAACUCCAGAAGAAAACAGUCUAUUGCUUUGUUCAUCUGAGCGUUCAGGAGUUUCUGGCUGCAGUCUACAUGUACCACUGUUACACCAGCAGAAACACAGAGGUACUGAAGGACUUCCUAGGAGAAGACUACAGGUACUCAUCUCUGGAUCACUUCCUGAAGAGAGCCAUGGAGAAAUCUCUCCAAAACAAAAAUGGCCACCUGGACCUGUUUGUUCGCUUCCUUCAUGGCCUCUCUCUGGAGUCCAACCAGAGUGUCUUAGGAGACCUGCUGGGUCAGACAGACAACAGUCCAGAAACCAUCCAGAAAGUAAUCACCAACCUGAAGGAGAUGAACACUGGGGAUAUCUCUCCUGACAGAAGCAUCAACAUCUUCCACUGUCUGAUGGAGAUGAACGACAGCUCAGUACAUCAGGAGAUCCAAGAGUUCCUGAAGUCAAAGAACAGAUCAGAGAAGGAACUCUCUGCGAUCCAUUGCUCAGCUCUGGCCUACAUGCUGCAGAUGUCAGAGGAGGUUCUGGAUGAGUUGGACCUGGAGAAGUACAACACAUCAUGGGACGGACGACAGAGACUGAUCCCAGCUGUGAGAAACUGCAGAAAGGCUCGACUUCCUCGCUGUUAUCUCUCAAACACUCACUGUGAAGUUGUGGCCUCAGCUCUGAAGGCCAACCCCUCCCAUCUGAGAGAUCUGGACCUAAGCUACAACGUCCUGACUGAUUCAAUGAUGAAGUUUCUGUGUGCUGGACUGGAGAGUCCAAACUGUAAACUGGAGACUCUGAGAUUGGAUGACUGCAGUUUGUCAGAGACCAGCUGUGCUUCUCUGAUCUCAGCUCUGAAGUACAACCCCUCCCAUCUGAGAGUGCUGGAUCUGAGUAACAACAAGCUGCAGGAUUCAGAUAUGGAGCAGCUGUGUGAUCUUCUGAAGAGUCCAGACUGUAGACUGCAGGAUCUGAGAUUGAUUGGCUGCAGUUUGUCAAAGACCAGCUGUGCUUCUCUGGCUGCAGCUCUUAAGGACAACCCCUCCCAUCUGAGAAAUCUGGAUCUGAGUGACAACAACCUGAAGGCUUCAGACGUGACGCUGCUGUCUGAUCUUCAGAAGAGUCCACGCUGCAGACUGGAGUUUCUGAGUGAUCAGAGGCAGCACGUUCUGGUCCCAGUUGUCCCAGCGCUGCCCUCUGCUGGACCGGAGGUUCCUCCUGAACGCUCCCAGUGUGUAUGA